UCUUCACCAUGCAACAGCACAGUAAAACAAUGGCAUUUUCCAAUGUUGUUCUCUUUCUUCUCAUUCUUUUACCUUGCGGAUCCAAAGUUCAAUCCCAAGAAACCAGUGCUUAUCCAAAAGAUCAAAACCACCAGGGCUUUGAGACCAUGAUGACACAAGCUUGUCAACAUGUUGAUGAUCAGACUUCAUGUCUCGCCAACCUGCAAUCUAGGCUGGACACUUGGAGCCAACAAAAUCCCAUCUCAGUCCUCAAAGCUGCCCUGGAGAACACGCUCAAUGAGGCAAGAUUAGCCGUUGAUUCACUCACAAAAUUCAGUACACUCUCGGUGAGUUAUCGCGAGCAAAUUGCAAUAGAUGACUGCAAAGAGCUUCUUGAUUUUUCAGUCUCCGAGCUAGCAUGGUCUUUAGCAGAAAUGAACAGGAUUAGAUCCGGCGUCAAGAAUUCUCACUAUGAAGGAAAUCUAAAGGCGUGGCUCAGCGCUGCGUUGAGCAAUCAAGACACAUGCCUGGAAGGAUUCGAGGGCACGGACCGGCGUCUUGAGCGGUUUGUUAGGGGAAGUCUAACACAAGUUACCCAACUAAUUAGCAAUGUUUUGAGUUUGUACACUAGACUGCAUAGUCUACCUUUUAAGCCACCAAGAAAUAGUCCUAAUGACACUAGUGAAAGCGUGGAUUUUCCAGAGUGGAUGACUGAGGGAGAUCAAGAAAUAGUUUCUGCUAGUCCAAAAGGGAUGCAUGUUGAUUCCGUUGUUGCAUUGGAUGGGAGUGGGCAUUAUCGUUCUAUAGCUCAAGCAGUAUACGAGGCUCCUAGCUAUAGUAUUAGGAGGUACAUCAUAUAUGUGAAGAGAGGAGUUUACCAUGAAAAUGUUGACAUGAGGAAGCAAAAGACUAAUAUCAUGCUUGUGGGAGAUGGAAUUGGGCAAACUGUGAUCACUGGUAACCGAAAUUUCAUGCAAGGAUGGACAACUUUCAGGACAGCUACUGUUGCUGUUUCCGGCAAGGGAUUUAUAGCCAGAGACAUAUCAUUUCGUAACACCGCCGGACCGGAAAACCAUCAAGGAGUGGCACUCCGAGUCGACUCCGACCAAUCGGCCUUCUUCCGGUGCAGCAUGGAGGGGCAUCAGGACACCCUAUACAUCCACUCCCUCCGCCAAUUCUACCGGGAAUGCAGCAUCUAUGGCACCAUAGACUUCAUCUUUGGCAAUGGUGCAGCUGUUCUUCAAAACUGCAAAUUAUUCACAGGUAAUCCCUUACCCCUCCAAAAAGUAACCAUCACAGCCCAAGGCCGCAAAAGCCCAGAUCAAAGCACUGGAUUUAUCAUUCAAGAUAGUUUUGUUUACGCGACGAGGCCCACUUAUUUAGGCCGGCCUUGGAAACAAUUUUCAAGAACGGUGUUCAUGAACACCUACAUGAGUUCUAUGGUCGAGCCUAGAGGUUGGCUAGAGUGGAGCGGGAACUUUGCAUUGGGUACUUUGUGGUUUGGAGAGUAUAGGAAUUAUGGGCCAGGUGCAUCUCUAGCAGGCAGGGUUAAAUGGCCUGGCUAUCAUAUCAUUAUGGAUGCUUCUGCGGCCGGUUACUUCACGGUUGGGCGGUUCAUUGAUGGGCGGUCUUGGUUGCCGAGCACUGGGAUCAAGUUCACAGAUGGUUUGACCAAUUAAACAGUAUCUAUUUCUAAGAUGUGCAAUAAUGAUGGGCUAUAUUGGUUGCCAGCCACUAUUGUAGUGCUAGCCCUUGACGGUUUGAUCUAGGGAAGUUUUAAGUAUUUAUUUAUAGGGAAGUUGUUUUAUUUAUUUUUUUAAAAAAAAUUAUAAAGACCUCCAUAUGAAUGGCUAUA